AUGGACCUCCCCGAAAAGAUGGAAGUCGACUUGGAGUCGCAAACCGCGCAGUACGAAUACGCUCCCUGGCUAUUGGACGAUCACCCGCUCCGCUCGCAUCCCACCGAGUGUAUCCCAGGUUUGGGCCCUUUUAUAUCUGAAAGCUUUGUUUCACUACGGAAGCAAUGGAAACAAUCUCUACUGCGCGCCAUAGCUCUGGUUAUUCUGUGCCUUCUUGCAUUUCAAUUGAUCCAGCUUUCCCAUGUGUGGUGGGGAAAGACCUACCUUGACCAGCAGAGUCCCGUUUAA